CAAUGGGUCAGAGAAAAUUUAUCAGAAGUUGUGCAUCAUUUGUUUGAACUAUGGAAUUUCUACAACGAGACAAUCUCUUGGACCCACUCGAAUCGCCGUUAAUGUCGCUGAUAAAUUUUAUCACGUUAACUUACUUAUCUAAAUAUUUUUGUGUUUGCAUUAUCAAAACUAGUGAUGAUAUAAUUAAACUUGACAUAGAAGUGCCAAGGAUGGUGAUCACUGUAGAUGAAAAAUUCAACGACACUUUCCAAAAGGGCGUAGACAAUGGAUGUCAAUCGUUCAUCGUACAAGGAGCUGCGCUGUGGCCAUUCAUGGAUAAUUUCAUAGCAGUUCACGAUGAUUCCGAUCAAAGAUCACUGAGCAAAAAAUUAGUUAUUUUAAUGGAAUCACUUGAUGCCAACACAAUUAGACAACUAUGUGAUCAUCUCACCAUUCGAGGCAAGUAUAAGGGCAUGAACAAUUUGACGAUUUCUGAAGAACAUACCUCGUAUAGAACUUCCAGACAUGCUGCUGAUAGUCUCACGGAAUAAUAGCGACGACCUGGAACUCUACACGACGAAAAUAUUCAACAACGGAUUCAGAGGUUCAAUCAGCGUAGAGCUUCGUCCAGUUACGCCUCCGGAUUAUUUUCCAAAUAAAUCAAUGAAUUUGAACGGAUUUCCGGUUCGAUUCCGAACUGCCUGGUACCCUCCAUUCAGCUACUACGAGGAAACUACCCUCGAAAAAUCGAACGCCAGAUAUGACCCACAGUACAACGAUACCGACGAUACUCCUGUUCUGCUCGAUGGAACAGAACCACGUUUACUGGUGGAGUUCUGUCGAAGGUACAACUGUAGUAUAGUUGCCUAUUUCGAUGAGGUUGAAGCAUGGGGAGAAGUCUUCGCGAAUCAUACCGGUAACGGUGCACUCGGUGCCGUUGCCACACGAAAAGCCGACUUUGCAGUGUCUGCUAUUUACUAUUGGAUCGGCCCUUACCGCUAUGCAUCGUAUACCGCUCCUAUCAGCCGAUCAGGAGUGACGGCUCUCGUUCCGAAACCGCAAGCACUCUCCCCUUGGCGAACACCUUUUCUAUCGUUCACCAAGGAACUCUGGAUUGCCGUUGGCAUUGCUUUCAUGUUCGGAGUGAUGGCCGUUUGGAUUGUGGAGAAAGGCCGUUCCCGUAUAAUUGACAUCGGUGUGGAGCAGCCGAAGACCUUCAGUGAUGCGGUUCUGACACUUAUCGGAUUCUACAUGGAACAGAGUGCCUACAUGCGCAAUGAUCUGAUAUCUUGUGUGUUUCUGUUCACAUCGCUCCUGUUUGCUGGUUUCAUGAUUGGAAACAUGUACGGAGCUGGGUUGGCGGGAAUCAUGACGAUUCCACAAUACGAACACCCGAUCGACACCACGUACGAUCUGGCAGACAGUGGAAUGAUGUGGGGUGGUACCUGCAUGAACUGGAUGUUUGCAAUCUUGAAUGCCCCGGAGCCUCAUCUGAAAACACUACUGAAGAACUACCGAGUCGUCGAAUUAGAGUAUUUAGCAAAACACCGCAACACUCGAGAUAUGGGUUUCGUUGGUGAGCGCACCGAGUUCGGUCACUUCGCCCCAAUCGAUUACGUGGAUGAGGAAUCCUCGAAGAUGCUACGAUUGCUGAAAGAUGAUCUGUUUUGGCAAAGUUGUACGGCGGCCGUCCCCAAAACGUGGCCUGUCAGAGAAGCUUUCGACAAUCUGCUCCUGAACAUCAAACAGUCAGGAAUCCAGCAUUACUGGGAAAUUGAGGUGGUGAAUGAUUAUAUGAAUUUGACCAAUGAGCAGAACAUACUGAAUGGUCGACAUGCGAAUACGGAUAGUGAUGCAACGGUACUUACCUUGCUGCACUUCAUGGGUGCCUUCAUGAUUCUUGGAUUGGGAUGCUUCGUCGCCGGAAUUUUAUUGUUAUUUGAGAAUGUUUACGUGAAAUUAUCUAAAAAGGAACCGUAUCAUAACCAAGCGGUGUCUGAGAUGAUGAAUAUAGAGAUGAAAGGUGACAAGUGAAAAAGCAUUUUUGAUAUGUAGUGUUAUUUGCAUCAUACGUACAGCUAUCAGAUCAAAAAAUUGCCACACAUACUAUUUGUUAUAGACUCGAGGAUUAUUUAUUGAACCAUUAUUUAUUAAUCGCGAAAGAUUCAUUCAUUCACGUAGGGAUAACGAAUAAAAUAAUUAAUAUAGUGGAAAUUAUUAGAUAUGAUCCUCUCCAACUGGCAUCCUCUCCUCUUCUUCACCAUUUAUUACAACCUUGGAAAU